GUCAUGCUCAUGUAUGGUGAUAAGGAACGAGAGGCGUGUGUUGCUGGUGUUCGAUGCGAAAGAAGCUAAGAUGCUGAGAAUGGACUGUAUUUUGCAAACAAAUGUGAAAGAAGAAGUUGAACCUUCACUUGGAACUUCAGAUUCAUGCCAAUAUGAAAUUGAAUCAAGAGAGGAAGCUCAGUUUAUGCAGGAAGUGAAAGAUGAGUUUGAGAUUAAAGUAGAAGAUGAGUUUUUGGGAUUCUCUGAUGAACCAUUCUUCCCCAACCAGCAGGAAUCUCCAGACAAACAAGACACCAUUAGAACAAGAGAGGAAGGUCAGUUUAUGCAGGAAGUGAAAGAAGAGUUUGAGAUCAAAGUAGAAGAUGAGGUUAUGGGACUCCCUGAUGAGCCAUUCUUCCCCAACCAGCAGGAAUCUACAGGCAAGCAAGACACCAUUAGAACAAGACCACAUCACAGUGGAAGCGCAGUGAUGGCCAGCCAAGGGAUGAGAGAAGUUGAGAUGAGUCUAGUAGAAGCAGUGAGGGAUCACCCAACCCUGCAGGAUUCUCAAAAUGAAAAACAUAAACUGAGAAGACACCAUAAAAGCCAGUUCAUCUCAGUGGGAGAGAGUAUGAACUCUUUGGAUCCUCAAUUAGGAAUGUUUACUGCUGGUGGUGGCCCUGCAACUAAUGAUUUAUCCAAGAUUGCCAAGGUCAUUGGAACACGCAAUUCCUGUGUUUUGGGGAUUGAAGGCAGAAUAGACACCAAUCAAGAUAAGCCAAUUCAGGAAAGAGAUCCACCAACCCUGCAGAGCAACAGUCCAGAUGUAAUAACUGUAGGGCCCACUGCAGAGGAAGAGCCGUCUGUUGUCACUGCUCAACCAACAAUGGUGGCCCAGCAGGUUGGGGAUCUGCAGCCACCAGCGGCAGAUCAGCAGGCUGCAGACCUGCAGCAACCCGCACUGCUGCGAAAUGUGUCUAAUGCUCCUGUGAAAUGCCUCAGUGUGCAAGACGCUAUAGACUUGUUAUAUAGUGAGGAGUUCAACGUUGAUGAUGAUGCAGAAGUAAUAGACUUGGUGAACAUUCCUCCUGAUGAUGAUCUAAGUGAUGAGGAUGAAGUUGAUGAUGAUAAUCCACUUAUACCAAUGGUGAAAGAUGUCCCUGGUGCCAUUGAAAUUCAUACCACACAAAUCUGGCGAAGGAAUGAAGAAAAGAAGACGUCUCAACUCUGUUGAUACACCAGUGUGGAG